AUGAAGAGGGGUUUCCUGAGGGGAGAGCGUGUGGUUGAUCCGAGGUGUGUUUGCUGGUGGCUGCAGACCUGCCGCCCUCUUUCCUCCCCAUGCGGGCGCUUUCCCCCAGAGGCUCUGAGUCCUGGUUGCUCCUACUGCGGGAUGGAGACGCAUGCUUUCUGGCUAGUGCAACUUUUCCUUUUCGUGUUGUGGGUUAAUGGUCUAAUGACACUUGGAUUUACAGGUGCACAUCAACAAGUGAUCGUCUGCAACGAAUCGCUCAUGUUAGAAAAGUUGCCCAGAUGUGGAAAAUCCUUUGAAGAGAUGAUGAAGAAAGUGGACUCUAAAAAAUGGUGCAACCUAACAGAAUUUAUCCCGUAUUACGACAACUUCAGCCUCUGCACAGAACGGGAAGCCAUCGCCGCGAGAUGCUUUUGGCCAAACCGACUCGCACAGGGCUUCAUCAUUGGAAUUCAUAAACAAUUCUUUUCAAACUGUACAUCAGAAAAGGUCCACUGGGAAGAUCCACCGGAUGAAAUUCUCAUAACUCUGAUCUUAAUCCCAGUAUUUCUGAUGGUUACCAUGAUAUCUCUAGUGGUGUGGUGCAGUAAGAGAAGUGACAUUCUAGUGUAA